GGAGUGGGAGGGGGUCGACAAGGGGACAGGGGUGUAGGGACGGGUUGGAGACGAGCGAGCGAGCGAGCCACAGCAAGCAGUUCCAAUUCCACCGGCUGGUUGGGGUUUGUUGGUAACAGCGUCGACGGCGGCAGCGGCAGCGGCAACAGCACCAGCGGCGCAAAGCAGCAGACAGAAGCAGGCGAGGGUUGCGGUGCUAUGCGGUGCGAUACGCGUACGCAGUAG